UUUGAAGGUCUCUCAGUGAGAAUUUAAGUGUCAAGGAAUGCUGGGUAAUUUAUUAAUGUUAGAUAUAUUUAUUGAAAAUUAAAUCUAGAGCUGCCCUAGGGAUUUCCCUCUGCUUCUCAGUGGAGCUUGUGGAAGAGUAAGAGCAGUAUCUGAGGAGGAAUCACAGUAGCUGGAGAUUAAUCCAUGACAGAUAAUUUUGUCUGUAAGGUGGAUCUUGCCCUGUCAGUUUUGCAGAUUCUUUACAUAACCGUGCAUGUCAUAGAAUGCAAGACAUUAUUAAUGACUUUGUUAAUCACUGUUGUAACACAAAGUUACCACCUAAGGGUAAAAUUAACAUUGUAUGUACAUGAAUGUGGAUGUCUUUCUGUUUGGAUAUAAGGACGCAUACAUUUUGUAAGUUCCUAAACUACUUUUUUGAAUUUAAGACUUUUACACUUAGCAUUUUCUAAUUUUUUUCUCUUUCAAUUUUCAGUAAUUGAUUUCACUUCCAUUUUUUCACUAUGGUAUUAUUGCAAAUGGUUUUGGAAUAACUAAGGUUUUGGAAUAACUAAGCAUUAGAGAUUGAACACUUCCACUCAGGUUUCACUGAUGUUUGUUAUUACUCUAUCAUCAUCUUUCUAAUGGAUUUCAGAAAAGACACCUGCCUUUUAAUAAAUAGACAAAUAUAAAUAAAGGCAAAAAGACAUCUGGCUACAUUUAACAAAACAUGGAAGUAUGCAUGACUGUAUUAAUCUACCUCCAGUGAUUGCACUGGUAAAUCUAAGUGGUAAAUCUGAAGGGUUAGGGGGAUGCAAUUAAUGGUAGUAUGCUUAUUUUGCUGUUUAACAUAUUGUUCAUCUGUCUUUAUAGUACACAGGCACACAAACAAUGCCAGUGGCAGCUCAUCCUGUCCCUGAAUUUAAGAGAUUCUCUGGAGUAAGAGUCUGUACCUUACAGGAGAUAAUACACAGUACCAAUUGUAUGUCUGGUUCUGCAUUCAGCAGAGCAAUAUGUUCAGGCAGUUCAGCUGUGACAUUACAAAACAGGCAUGAAUAUUUGGUAGAAGCAAGAUGUUAGCAUGACCUUAGGAUUUUAUCUCAUCCUAAGGAUGGAUAGCAAAGUCUUUCCGUCUAAGAGCAGGCAAUGGAGAGGUUUUUAUGUAACAUCAUUAUAAGGUGUUGUUUGGAAAUCUGCUGUGAAUAGUCUUGUCUGAAUUGACAGAAAUGGAGAAUGAAUCAUAAAAUCAUAAAGUACUACUGUAAGAAUCAUCAGCAUAAUAGCAGUGAAUUUCCUAUAUUCUGUUGCUUACUACCUGUCCUAUCUUUCAAUUUCAUUAUUGGAUGACCUCUUUUCACUUGAGGCUGAGAAAGUAAAUAUCAUCUAUAGAAUAAGCCUCAAAGUGAAAAAGUAAUUUUUUAGAUUAUUUCCUCUGCUUUCUGAACCAUUGAAAUAUUAAAUAAUGAAUGUGUUAUGAGGUGCUAACUCAGAAAUGUAGGUUGCAGUGUGGCAGUUCUGUAUUUAGAUUCAGCUAAAUAUAAUAUAAUAUAAUGGUGGAAUUUCUGACCAACAUUAUACAGAAAUAAAGAGAGAUUGGUUUAUGUCUUUGCCAGGACAAUAACCCUGUGUUUGGGCAUUCAACACCAAAGUCACUGCUCUGGUUUAGAUUUUAAAAAAAACCAAACCAAACUCCACUCAAGGUUUACAUGUUCAGUGUUUAACCCAAUGACAACACUGCUGAAGCAGUAGAGGGAUUAUUAUUCUGUUCCCAUUAAGUAGAAGUCAAACUAAGACAUGGUACUUUUAUAAACCAGCCUUCAUAAGAGUCUGACAACUGAAUUGGUGUAGCAAAAUGGACAAAAAAUUACAGUAAUGCAUAGAGACUUAGAUCAUUAUUAAGUUUAGACAGAAAGGUGUUUCAAUUACUUAUUCAAAAAAAGUACUUAUUUUCUAUUAAUUUAAUGAAGGUAGAAAAUUGGUAAAAAGAUUCAUUUUUCUCCUGUUAAAUAUAUUUCAAAGCAUAAAAACACAAAGUUCAAUAAUAAUGGAUUAGUGGGGAUAGUACAGUAAUGUUGUAUGUGAAAAAUACAUCUGGAGAAAAGCAAAUGCCAUUUCACAAGCUGUCAGUAGAUGGCACAAACAUGUAUAUAAAAAUUUGGGUGUUCCUAAGUAUUGUUAGUCAGUAGGAUAGAGUUACAGGAAGGGUUUUUUUUGCUGUUUUCCUGAGAACAUUUUCUGCUUUUUCGGACAGCAGGGAUUUCUGGAUUGGAACAAAGAUGGACAGUUAAGAAAAGUACUGAGCACCUGCAAGGAAAGAGAAAACAGUAUGACACUAAAUACGAGCUUUCUCAGAAACGUUUUUCUGUACAAGUGUCUGUUUGCAUUAACUUUUUGGAACCAUGUCAGCCUGUCUGUGGAAGAUGAACUCUUUACAUCUGUUUCUAACAAUUUUCAAGAGGAUGUUUCUAACAAAAAAAUCACGAGCCUGCCACUCCUGUAUACAAAGAGUUAUCAGUCCGAAGCUAAUGUUGAUUGGAUUGUGAUACAAAAUACUACAGAAAGCCUGUCAUUGUCAGAAAUCACAAAUCACAAUGUAAAAAAAUUGAUAACUUUAUUAUCUAAUUUCAGACAAGGAUCCAGGUUAACAAAUCUGACACUGACAAAUGUGUCAGUGGAUUGGAAAAAUCUUAUGGAAAUUUUUCAGACUGUAUGGCACUCAUCUGUUGAAUACUUCAAUGCUAACAAUGUAACACAGCUGUCAGACGUUGAAAGUUAUGACUUUGACUACUCGGGUACUUCUAUGAAAGCAUUGACAAUGAAGAAAAUUAUAAUCACGGACAUGUACUUCACACAGGAUCACCUAUACAAAAUAUUUGCAAACAUGAAGAUUACAGACAUGACAAUAGCUGAUUCAGAGAUGAUUCAUAUGCUUUGUCCUUCAAGUAAGAGUCCCUUUAGAUACCUAAAUUUUUUAAAGAAUGAUUUAACAGAUUUUCUUUUUCAAAAAUGUGACAACCUGCUUCAGCUGGAGACAUUAAUCUUGCAGAAGAAUAAAUUUGAGAGCCUUCGCAAAGUAAGCUUCAUGACCAGCGGUAUGAAAUCAUUGAAAUACCUGGACAUGAGCAACAACCUGCUGCGCCACGAUGGAGCUGAUGUGCCAUGCCAGUGGGCCGAGUCUCUGACAGAGCUGGACCUGUCCUCCAAUCAGUUGGUGGAUGCAGUGUUUGAGUGCUUGCCAGUCAACGUCAAAAAACUCAGCCUACAAAACAAUCAGAUCAGCAAUGUCCCCAGCGGGGUGGCGGAGCUGAAAUCCUUGGAGGAGCUGAACCUGGCAUCGAACAGGCUGGCCGACCUGCCGGGGUGCAGUGGCUUUACGUCCCUGCAGUUCCUGAACGUCGAGAUGAACUCGAUCCUCACCCCAUCUGCUGACUUCUUCCAGAGCUGCCCAAGGGUCAGGGAGCUGCAGGCCGGGCACAACCCGUUCAAGUGUUCCUGUGAGCUGCAAGCCUUUAUCCGCCUGGAGAGGCGCUCGGGGGGGAAGCUCUUUGGCUGGCCGGCAGCGUACGUGUGCGAGUACCCCGAAGGCUUGCGAGGGACGGAGCUCAAGGACUUCCACCUGAGCCUGCUGGCUUGCAACACGACGCUGCUGCUAGUGACAGCUCUGCUGCUGACGCUGCUGCUGGUGGCUGCGGUGGCCUUUCUGUGCAUCUACCUGGAUGUGCCGUGGUACGUGCGGAUGACGUGGCAGUGGACGCAGACGAAGCGCAGAGCUUGGCACAACCCGCCCGGAGAUCAGGGGGCCAUGCUGCAAUUCCACGCCUUCAUUUCCUACAGCGAGCGCGAUUCGCUGUGGGUGAAGAACGAGCUGAUCCCGAACCUGGAGAGGGGGGAGGGCUGCGUGCAACUGUGCCAGCACGAGAGAAACUUUAUCCCCGGCAAGAGCAUUGUGGAGAACAUCAUUAACUGCAUUGAGAAGAGCUACAAGUCGAUCUUUGUGUUGUCUCCCAACUUUGUGCAGAGUGAGUGGUGUCACUAUGAGCUGUACUUUGCCCAUCACAAGUUAUUCAGUGAGAAUUCCAACAGCUUAAUCCUCAUUUUGCUGGAGCCAAUCCCUCCGUACCUUAUCCCUGCCAGGUAUCACAAACUGAAAGCUCUCAUGGCAAAGCGCACCUACAUGGAGUGGCCGAAGGAGAGGAGCAAGCGUGCCCUAUUCUGGGCUAACCUCAGGGCAGCCAUUAACAUUAACCUGCCAAAAGCUGAUGAAAACUUGUAUGAUGAAACAGAUCAAGAAUCUUUCUAAUGUUGUUUGAUGUGUUUUUUCUUAUUGAAAUAAUAAAUAUGAUUUCCAUUCAUUACAAA